AACGAAGUAACCGUCACUUUCAGAGUUCAUCAAAAGGGAAUUUGAUCAAAUUCUCGCGUAGCUGCAAACAAAUUCCCUUUUCUAAUACGCUUCUUUCUCUGGGCGAUCGGAGAUUCAAGUCCCAGUGUUUCCCCAUAAUCAAUCGGUGCUGGGAGCUUGAAUGCAUUGACAGUUUCAGUUUCAGAGGCUUUGGGCAUGGAAAAUUGCUGCCUUUCUUGUGCCUGUUAGUUUUGAGCCUGGUUGUUUGCUGAGGAAAUGCAAGAAAAAUGAGGACUGACGUGAAUUCUGAAUCGCAUAGCUAGACGAUCCGUAGUGAUUUUGAAGAAAUUCGACGGAGAGGAAGAAGAAGCCUGCGUACAAUUUUAUUGUAGCUGAACCUUGCACGGCCUGUUUGGUUUGGUUUGAUGCGUUUUCUGGGACAACCAAUAACUUCUGAUGCUUCUUAAUUUUACAGUGUUGGUUUGUCUCACGUCCCAAUGGAAGAUUCAUAACUUAAUUCUUGGACAGGCAAAACCAAAUGGGUGAUGGAGCCAGUACAGCAGAAACUUCUGUUGCAAGGGAAUUGGUUUCAUGUGAAUCAGAAAGAAAUCAAGGACCAUAUGAAGGAAUGGUAUUUGACUCUGAAGAAGCUGCAAGAAUAUUCUAUGAAGAAUAUGCCACACGGGAGGGAUUUGUGACCCGUGUUUUGUCUUCCCGAAAGUCAGAGCGUGAUGGUUCAAUUAUUUCCCGUGGCCUUGGAUGUAGAGAAGGUCCCCCUAAUGGAAAUUCCGAUCAAGUUGCAAUUCAGAAACGUAAUAGACGGCGAGAUGGUUGUACAGCAAUGAUUCUAGUGAAGAGAGAAAAGCCGGGGAGGUGGGUUGUUAAGAAGUUUGUGAGGGACCACAAUCAUCCUCUGGUUGUGUCAUUGCCAAAGAGACGCCGAGCUCCUGACGAGAAAGAUAGAAAAAUUCAGGAAUUGACUGCAGAAUUGCGAGUAAAGAAACGACUAAGUGCAGCAUACAGGGACCAGCUACUUUCUCUUACUAAAGAUGUUGAAGAGCACAAUGAACAUCUGUCAGUGAAAGUCCAAGUUGUGGUCAGAAACCUUAAAGAACUGGAAGCUAAAUGGCAGGAGCUUUUACAGCAUAGGUAGCCCUAACAUGUAGAGUGAUGCUCAAACUUUAUUUUGCCCUCCUGAAAACUAAAAAGCAAGCUUGCAGUGCCAGAUCAGUAUCCUAUUUCGCUAGGGUUUUAUGACAUCAAAGCAUAGGACAGCAAGGUUGGUGCUUUAAAAUGGUUUUAAUAAAGAAAAAAAAAAAACAGAGAUGACUGGUAGGAUCUUGAGCAUUAAUGUAGGGGAUACCUUUCUUUCUUUCUUUCUUUUUUUUUUUUUUUUGCUUCAGGUUUAUAGCUAUUGUUCAGAACCUGCAUAAUACUAUAGUGUACAAAAAUUAAGAUCAAUGCCAUUCAGGUUGCUGGUGCUGUA